AAUGGCGUCGGCAGAUUUCUGAAAAUUUUGUUCAUGUCUUCAAGUAUCUAUCAUGGAUUAUCGUAAUAAUUACAUUGAUUUAGCUUAUGGUUUUUGUGAACAAUGAGGGUGUCCACUAGUUCACCUUCCACAAUGAGAUUGUCCGUUAUCAAGGAGAAAAGAUAGUGUCAGGAUGCCUUCCACUGUAUCAGAGGACCUCCUACAGCCGGGGAGUGUCGUCAAGGACAGAUGGAAAGUUACAAAGAAGAUAGGUGGCGGCGGUUUUGGGGAGAUCUACGAGGGGCUAGACCUGGUCAGCAAGGAGACCGUCGCCCUCAAGUUAGAGUCGUCCAAGCAACCCAAGCAAGUGCUCAAGAUGGAGGUGGCCGUGCUUAAGAAGCUACAAGGUAAAGAUCACGUCUGUCGGUUCAUCGGAUGCGGACGUAACGAUCGCUUUAACUAUGUGGUCAUGACGCUCCAAGCCAAGAACCUGGCAGAACUCCGCCGCAGUCAGCCGCGAGGUGUCUUCUCGACCAGUACCACGCUGCGUCUCGGUCGACAGAUACUCGAGGCUAUUGAGAGUAUACACUCUGUCGGGUUCCUUCACAGAGAUGUCAAACCGUCUAACUUUGCCAUUGGCCGUCUACCCAUCAACGCCAAGAAGGUAUACAUGCUAGACUUUGGUCUCGCUCGUCAAUAUACCAACACUGCUGGAGAGGUGCGGGCACCAAGAGCUGCUGCUGGCUUCAGAGGGACUGUCCGAUAUGCAUCAGUCAAUGCACAUAAAAACAGAGAAAUGGGGCGCCACGAUGACCUCUGGUCACUCUUCUAUAUGCUAGUCGAGUUUGUCAUCGGGCAACUACCAUGGCGGAAGAUCAAGGAUAAGGAGCAAGUUGGAGUCAUGAAGGAGAAAUACGACAACUAUCUUCUGUUGAAGCACAUGCCCUCUGAAUUCAAAACAUUCCUCGAUCAUAUUGCAUCGCUGGAUUAUUUCGAUAAGCCGGAUUACCAGAUGUUACAUUCCUUGUUUGAUCAGUGUAUGAGGCGAAAGGGCAUCAGAGAUGGUGAUCCGUUUGAUUGGGAGAAGGGCUGUGGCGACGGCUCGCUGACCACAACUACGACAACAACGCCCCCUGUUGGCACCAGAGAGACUCGUGGUGUGGCUGGGUUGGUGCAAGGUCUCAACACACCAGGAGGUUCACACAGAUAUGCCACCGACAUGAACGUCGAUGAAAAUCUCAGCGACCAAGGAGAUGAACAGCCACCUGAUGGCGUGGAGAAGCUUCGCCGUAAUGUCCAUGACAUGAUACUCAAUUCUCGGCCAGUUGACAGCCUGCUGGCAUCACCCAAAAAACUGCCACCACUCCCGGAUACUGUGGAUGUUGAAGUCGUCGAUGCUCCGAGAUCAUCGCGUUUAGAACCACCUACAAAAGACUUAGUUGAUCAGAAAAGUGAUAAACCGGUCGACGCAGAUGGUUCAUCAAAAAUUCCGCAGAAACGACAAUCACCCAUUGGUCAUAUACGACCGGACUCUCACUUGGUGAUGUUAGAUAGUCAGUUACGCAAUAUAUUGAAGUCUGUGAGAGAAGACUCGCAACAUAGCAACUCAGUUUCUGACCGCCAGAAACAUGUCAAGAUUCAAGGAUUACCGCUGGAGCAAAAAGGUGCAAAGACAGACAGUGGUGCUCCUGAUCAAGGCCAUGAACAGAACACUGCACGGAGGUCAUUAUCUCCGCUCGUUAAAAAGGAGACGGUGCGACAGACUGUUGCAGGUAGUCAUAGUUUCCCAGAGGGGCUCAAGUCAAUCGAGGGCAAAGUGGCGCUGCCUCCUGGUGGGAGCCAGAAGGAUGAGUUACCGCUGCACAUGCAGCAUGAGCUGUUACGGGAGGAGUUGGACGUCAAUGGUGCUAAUCUUGAUAAAGAUGGGAUGUUUGUGGCACGAGAUGAUGGGCUAGUGGACUUCAUGGGACAGGAGGGUGGGGAGGAAGAGGGAGCAAAGGAAUCAUUAGCCAAAGAGAUUAUGAGUCAAGAGGAGGGGGCCGUAGGGGGUUUCAAGGGGGUCAGGAUGCGGGAAAAUCCGCCACAAGCAGGGGGUGCUGUGAGAUUCAGUAUUCAUUUCGAGGAUGACGGGAAGAGUCAGACGAACGCUUUAGGUGAUGAUUUCAUGACGAAUGCCUAUGUGGAUGAUAAUGCUACACGUGCUGCUCCGUAUACUCUUGCCAGUCAGUGGGUGGUCUCAUCUGUCAGCUCGGGAGACGAGGAAGAGGAUGGCGACAAAACAAGGGAUGUUGAUAAACUAGAAGAUGAUCAAGCAUCAAAACUAAGUCAGCAGAACAGUAAUGAGAAGUUAAAAUCCGAGUCAAAACCUGUAAUAUUAGUUCCACCUCCCCGACGGUCUCGUGUUGACCGGGAUACCCGUGAUGCUAAUCGAAGAUUAUCCCAACCCCAGGUGGACUCACACUUACCUUUUGUUGACUAUAGUUCACGUCGUCUCUCACAACCUGUGUUUCCACAAGUGAAAUUAGACCCAGACAUUACUCCGACAGCUGAUCAUUUGCCAAUGUUUCCUAUACCUGGGGACGGGAUUACAUCCACCACUAAACUUGAGCAGGAGUUGAGGAUAGUUCCCAUCCCUGCCCCAAGGCGGUCCAGGGAUUAUUCCCCAGUUAAUAAGAACUCGAAUUCGAAUAUCAUCAGUGGUUCUGACGCCGAUGAUAAACGAGGCGAGAAUCUUGGUCAGAAUCAGUUUUAUCAUGGUCCUGUUGAAGACACUGCCAAUGGUCAUGUGGACAGCACUGUGAGGCAUGUCUCUGUCGAUAGUGUUCUCUCUCCAACCAAGAGAGAACAUGCCUCUGUCGAUAGCGUCCUCUCUCCAUCGAAACGAGAACAAAGUAGUGUGCAAAUAUCAAUGAAACACGAAACAGAACAUUCAGAGAAGGAUUGCGAACAUUUAGAAGACAUUGGUUCACCGGAUGUUAAAGUUGUACCAGGGACGCCGCUUGGAGGUGUUAUGUUAGAUGGGGAACAUGAACCUCCUAAUAAACCUAGUCCGCAUUCGAAAACAUUAGAACUAUUCUCAGAUCCGGAGGCGAGUCCUCUACCAAAACAAAGCCGAGAAGAAUCAGUGAAGGAGGGGUCACCGAACUCUUCAUGUCUUGACACGUCUCUCGGCAAGAAGACAAAGUCGAGGAUACCAGUCAAACACUCGUCUAGAGCUGAGGAGAAACCUGUAGAAAAUGAGGCAUUUAAUCGAACGGCACAAUCACGGAUUCCUAUCCGCAGGACUCCAGGAUCUCUAGCGGGGACCUCUGAACCGUCAGAAGGCAGCCCGAGGUCGAGUAAGAUCGAGAGCACGGACUCCAAGUUACAACGAUUACUCAUGAAAUAUGAGAAACGUAAACUCGACACGAAGGCAUUAAAACAGAGUGUGUAUUCUAAGGAGUCUUCUUAUAAGGAGGAGAAAAAGAAGCAAAAAAGUUUAGAAAAGUUGACUUGUUCUUUAAAGGAGGAUUUAGAUAAUCGUAAUCUCAUCAUUACUGAGUUGAAUGCCAACUCGAUGGAGGUGGCACAAGAUUCUCAGAACAGUGAUAACAACCGCAAUGAUGAGAAUAAGAAUGUGCAGAACGGGUCAAAGAAUCGUAAUCGUAGCGCUCGGGUACGGAGUCUGGAUCUGAGUAAUAGUCAUGAACUUGAUAGCCUUUCUCGCCAUAACAGUUUAGAUAACGCGCCAUCACCGCGGCCGUUGUCGCAGUCAUAUGAUGAUAGUUCAAAACGUAGUGGUGCUGAUACAAACUCUGGUGGCAAAAAUACGGAUGCGUCUCAUAUUCCUCGACCACCACCGGGGAUGGCCCCACGACAUGCUGUGAUUUCUGCAAGUUUUUCUUUGGAGGGUACCAGGCGACGCCGAUACCGACCUUCGACGACGUCCCAUCAGCGCCAAUCUUCCCAGGACUCGAAACCUUCGACUGAGAUGACGGAGUGAUCAGCGACUUCUAUACGCAUUAUAUCUCUCAAGCUUGCGAUUGUGAGCAAUAAUGUCAUGGAGUGUGCUCUCAGUCAGGGGGCUACUCUGCGUGACAGUUGGCAACAGCUGGCUUCUUGUCAACCGUCCUGAGAGAACUUGGCACAAAUGUGAGUUCUCUCAGUUGCCCACAAGGACUGUCCGUUGCUGUUGUACACUUGGAGAGCAAACUAGUGCUUGUUGAACAGUCUGUGAAGUGCCCUUAGUCUCUAAUCAUGCUUUAGGGGAAAUCUAGUGAUAACUCUUCACUCUUGACUGGAUUCUUCAUUUGAGGGCAUUGCCUGAGGUAGAAAUCAAAUCAAAAGUUGUGCCAUCAGAUUAGGUAUGCUUGGUGUAGGAAGGCAUUGAGAUAUUGUCUCUAGUAUAACUAUCAUUGACAACCUCAAAACAGCAUAUACCAGUUGUCUGUUUCAUCUCAUCAUUCUUUAUUUUGAACGUCUCCUGGAUCUUGUUAGCCAACAUUUCACCUUCAGUUUGAAGACAAUUGUUAUCUAGUCGCUAAUCGUAAGUUACUUUCCAGUGGUGACAGUCAUGUCCAAAGAACACGAUGGGGCUUAGUUUCUCAAUUCAUUUCUUUUAUAAAAAAGUUGCUCUUAUAUGUGGAGAUUUUGUUGUGAACACAUACUCCUCCCCUCCCAACCCCGACUGGCUGGAUUGGACUCCACUCAUUUGCAAAAUUUGUUGUAAUAUGGUGGCAAUUGAAACAGACGUUUUGAAUUGAGAUUUGAUACCUUGGUGUAAUCAACAUUUCGCUUACACUGGCAGUGAAAUAACCCAUAGAAUUCUGUAUAACUUAUGUGAUUUGACCAGAACUUGAUGAUCAAGUUUGUGUAUAUGUGGGCCAGGGCCAAGUUGCUCAAUCUUUGUUAGAGACAAACAUUUAGCUCAACUAAGCGUUGUCUUCUUCAGUAUCCUUGACAAUAGUGGUGUUUAUAUAUAAGACUUGAUGCCAGUCUUAUUGAUAAUGCCCUUUGAGCAACCCAGCCCAGUUACAGAGAUUUGCCUUGUGUACAUGGUGUCAUAAAAUACUCUUAACUUAUUGCAAAAUUAUUUUGAAAACAUAUUCGUGUCAUAGUAUUCAGCAUGAUGCAAGUCCUUCUCUGGCACUUAUCUUUAGUUGAGAGUUCCUGUAUAGAAGGCAGGUGUGGGAUACAAGAGGAACAAUCGUAACAACUUGUUGUCUUGUAGACCUGUGGUGUUUACAACACAGGAACGUGGCACAGCAUUGCCAGCCAGUACGAGGGUGUGAGGAUUCAUAUCACAUGGUGUCGGCUGGCCGGGUGUGAGGAUUCAUAUCACAUGGUGUCAGCUGGCAGGGUGUGAGGAUUCAUAUCACAUGGUGUCGGCUGGCAGGGUGUGAGGAUUCAUAUCACAUGGUGUCAGCUGGCAGGGUGUGAGGAUUCAUAUCACAUGGUGUCGGCUGGCAGGGUGUGAGGAUUCAUAUCACAUGGUGUCGGCUGGCAGGGUGUGAGGAUUCAUAUCACAUGGUGUCAGCUGGCCGGGUGUGAGGAUUCAUAUCACAUGGUGUCGGCUGGCCGGGUGUGAGGAUUCAUAUCACAUGGUGUCAGCUGGCCGGGUGUGAGGAUUCACAUGGUGUCGGCUGGCCACCUUCCAUACAGUUGGGAGUAAUGAUGCUGGUGAUUGAGAUAAACUUCAUUUCAUCACUGAGAUUAUGAAAGGUUAUGUUCAUCGACCGAAGCAGUUGGUUUAUGUCAUUUUAAUUAUUCUCAUUUACUGUGAUAGAAUGCUUCGUUCAUAGUAUUGUUACUGCUAACUAUGGGUAGAAAUAUGAUCAGGAUUCGAAAAGGAAACGGUUGAUAAUGGUUUGUUAGGUGAAUGCUUAGUCGAGUGUACAUGCUGCAGAUUUUGACCCAACACCAACAUGAUCUGCUUGUCAGAAUGGAAGUUGACGCAAUGUGAUACACGUCAUGUAUAAUCUUACUCUUGGAGUCGUCAGGAUUUGUGUCUGUUUCAUGUGCAGCCCCUUUCCUUUGAGAUUCCUGACCAUUUGUUGAAUGGUUUCCUUGUAACAUAAAGUGUUUGGUAAACGUAUUGUUUUGUAAAUCAUAGAAUUUUAUGCCAUUGUGCUUCUUUUGUACAUAUUGCUGCUUUGGUGUCAUAGUUGUAUGAUUAGGAAUAAACCAGAGCAAGGAAAAACUGGUGUUUGAUCUUGAAGUCAUUGUGAGGCAAUGAUUUUUAUAGCAAAUGCAUGUUAUGGUUGUACUUAUAGUAUUUACAGUAUUCUGUCAAAAUAUUUUGACUCCUGAACAUUACCUAAAAGGUACUAUCUUAAAAAGGUCUCUUAUAUGCAGUGACCUUUUAGCAAUGUGUCUCCUAUAACCUAUUGUUCAAGCAUAUGCUUACAACCAUUUGGACGAUGUUGGCAUUGCUUGUAUGUCAAGUUGCAAUUGUGUUGUAUAGUAAUUGUAAAACCUUUCUUAUGAGUAGCACUGUAAUGUGUAAUUCUUGGAAUUAAGUGUGCGAGAUUAUUGGAAUUGGGUAUCAGAUAAGAUACCUGUGAAAAUUCCCACGGUCUACUUUUAAUCCUCCAUUCUCCCCAGCGUGAUCAAUUACGUCAGCAUUGAUGCGGCUCCUCAUUGGAUGGAGACGCAUCAACGUUGCCCCCUGAUUGGUGCAGACAAAGCUGCGCGUGAAUACAAAACAGCUGUCCGCACGCUCUCGGCAGAGAGAGAGAGAGAGAGAGAGAGAGAGAGAGAGAGAGAGAGAGAGAGAGAGAGAGAGAGAGAGAGAGAGAGAGAGAGAAGAGAGCGAUAGAGAGUUAUUCCAGUUUCCCGAGUAUUUUAUAAUCACGUGCACGAAUCGUCAUCCCGACGAACUAUUUUAUCAAUUAUGACUUUGGUGUGUAUAAUUUUGUGAAGCAGUGUUAGAAUAAAGGAUCCGGACGUUAGAAGGCAAAUUCAGGACUUAUUACGUUUGUAACCUGUGCAAAUACAACAUGGCGACCUUCCCAGGAUUCUCAAUUCGUGACAGUGAGUCCGGAUGCGUUUCAGUCUUGGAGCAGAUUCUAUUAACCGAGGACUCCGUUUUUCACGCCACGUGCUAGUGCUACUGCAGUCCAUUAUGUACAUUACGUGUACACCUACGUGAUUUCUAACUCGCUCAUUUCAUCGGGAGGCAGAAUAGUGACGUUCGUUUGUCAAUAUAAUAUUUAUA